AUGGCGUCAAUUAAAAAACCAAACUUUGGACAUGUUGUCUAUGAUUCAGGUACAGAUGCAGCAACUGGAAAGAAACGAGCAGUUAUACCAGGUGGUGGAGUAAGUGUAGCUGAACGUGCACGUUUAUUCGGUGAACAAGUACCACAUUCAUCACCAGCAAAAACUUAUAAUUCAGCAAAUCAUCUAUCACAGCGACCUCCACUUAAUAAUCAAUCAACUAAAUCAAAUGUCAUUCAUCAAGAGAGAAACUAUCAACAACCACCGCCUAGAACAGAUAUUGAUCGACGUCCAAAACAAAAUACAUCUUCUUUUAAUUCACAAAGAGUAACAAAUAUUCAACGACCAGCUUUAGAUAUCAAUGAUAGACCAAGACGUGAACAAAUACCACCAGUAAAUUCACGAAAUUAUUCACAAACAACACGAUCAUAUAAUCAUACUUCACAUUCACCUCCACAACGACGACCUGUUACUACUUAUGAUAGUUUUCAUCAUGUUAAUUCACAACAAAGACAACCAAUUAAUAAAGCAAAACACGCUCAUUUCAUAUCCGGUGAAUCAUAUUCAUCUGAAGAUGAUGAUAAUACAUAUUCUGCACUUUAUGAAAAAUCAAAAUCAUCCCAUAAGACUACACAUCAACAACCAAAUUAUUUUCGACCGAUACAAGAUCCUUUAGAUGUUCUAUUUAAAGAUUCACCACAAGAAUAUAUUCAAUAUGAAAUGCCGACAAAACCAGCCUAUACUGCCGAGACGAGUAGUCUACAACCAUUUGAUCUUUCAAGUUUAAUUGAACGUAUUCAACAAGAUUAUGCUGAUAAUGCACGACCAUAUGUAUCAAGUGUACAAUUUGUUCAACAUAAUCAAAGUUUAGCUAAUAUUGGAUUUUUAACACCAGCUACUAAUCGAAAAGAUUAUAUACAACGACCUAGAAAUAUAUCUGAUCGACAAGCACCAUCAUCAAAUCAGUAUGAUAUUAUAAAUACAAAUGGUUUUUAUCCGUACGAGAAAAGACAUCCGAGACAACCCUAUGCUGAAAAUAACUAUUCAUCUAUGAAAAGAACAAGACAUCAUAAACGUUAUCAUAAUCAAGCAUCAUCUCCUAUUCAUAUUCUCGAAACAUCUGGCAGAAAUAAUUCACGGCAUCGACCAGAACGUCCACCGACUCCUCCACCUCCUCCACCGAAAGUACCAACACCAGUUGCAUCAAGUUCUAGUGAAGAAGAAGAAGAAGAAGAAGUAGUAGUAAAGAAGCCCGUAAUACUAGAAAGUUCAUCUGAAGAGGAAUCUGAAGAAGAGAGUGCAGCAGCUCCAGCACUACCACCACCUAUCCAAGCUAUUAGUAAACCAGCUCCUACCUCCAUACCAACGGUAACUGGUCGUACACCACUAUUAAAUUCCACAGCUCGACCUCCAGCACCAGCAAGUGACACUGAAGAAAGUGACUCUGACGAAUCAGAAACUGCGUCUGAGAGUGAAACUGAUGAUAGUGAUAAAAAACCAAAACCAAAGCCAAAACCAACACCUGUACCAGUUGCUCGAUCUAAUGUUCAACGAACAACACCUCUUACACCACAAGUAAAUGCUCGAGUCACUCCUCAACGAGGCAAUAUUGAUAAUCGUAGUGUAACACAAGUGUCGGAACCAUCUCAUUCAGUUCAUUCUUUUGAUUUAAAUGAUUCAGGAAAAUCAUCAUUUGGUGGUAAAAUAAAAUCAUUAACAAAUAAAUUUCGUCGAAAUAAAUCCUAA